CUAGUUGACAUUUACUGAUAAACACGAGCGGCGAUUUUAUUGAUAAACGUACUGUUUUCUUGUUAAAAAUGAAUUAAAUACUUCAUUACAACGAGAAAAAUAGUAAUAAUAGUUCAAUACAGUAUUUGAAUUAGCUUUAAUAGUAUCAAAAUGGGUCUGCUAUCAGACCCAGAGUACGGUUCAGUGAAAUGGGUGAGGGUGCUCAAGAGAGUGCAUGGUCCGCUAUGCUGUCUAUGCUAUGUUGGUGCCCUGGUAUGGUUCGUCAUGCUAGGGAACAAGGAGUUUAACAACGAGACGUAUUUUUCUGAAAAUGCGUUACUUCCCGGCUUGGUUACAAAUGAGUUUAAUGGGGAAAACUCGGCGAAACAGUUCUUCAAUGAAUUCUUGUUGGAAUUAGAGGACAAAUAUGAUGACUUAGACGAGAUGCCAGUUCCCUGGCUAGUAGCGAAAAUGUCUCAGUUACAUCUAGAAGUGUACACACACAACUUCACACUCAACUAUCCUUUGGGACAGGGACAGGUAUACAAAGGCACCAAUGUGUAUGGCAUACUGCGUGCUCCUCGCACCUCAUCUCUAGAGGCUAUUGUAGUGACUGCACCAUACAGGUCUUUGUCUACUCAUCAGAAAGGGACAGCGGCAGGCAUAGCACUUAUGUUGGCCUUUGCUAAGUUUGCUAGACCACAAAAGUACUGGGCAAAGGACAUAAUUUUCCUAGUCACUGAACAUGAGCAACUAGGAAUGCAGGCAUGGCUAGAAGCUUACCAUGGCUUGCAGAGCGAGGCUGAAACAUUCCACACUAGUCUUGGCAGUUUCUGGAAGCCUGGUACUCCUAGCUUGGACUUUGGAAGUUAUUUGUCUGGAUUUGAUUGGACGGGGGACCAUAAGAGGUGUUUGAACCCUGGUAAAUUAAAAGGCAGAUCCGGAUCUAUUCAAGCUGCUAUUAAUUUGGAGUUUGCUACACCUAAAAUAAAGUACAUAGAGGUGAAAAUAGAAGGAUUGAAUGGUCAGUUACCAAAUCUAGAUCUUGUGAAUCUAGUUCACAAAUUGUGUCUAAAGUCUGGGAUACAUCAUUCUUUCAGAAACAGUUACUCAUGGAUGCGUGGGCGCAACAAAAUGGAUGACUGGAUGAACUCUUUCCGUACCAUGUUCGAUAUGGUGAUCACACAAAUUGACGGGGUCCCAGACGGUAACCACGGCCUUUUCCACCGUUUCGGUAUCGAAGCAGUGACCCUAGAAGGUCGGGAGGCCAAUGACCCCGCGGGGACAGCGCCUAGGGCCCAAGCACUGUCUACAGCUAACUUCUACAGGCUAGGAGUGGCCUUGGAGAGUAUAUUGAGGUCUCUGAACAACUUGCUUGAGAGAUUCCACCAGAGUUACUUCUUUUAUUUGCUGGCGGCUACGCAUCGGUUUAUUUCUAUUGGACAAUACAUGCCAUCACUAUGCUUACUAUGUGUGGCCAUGCUAAUUCGAGCACUCUCACUAUGGGUUUCCAUCCAACAAGAUGGCGACGAAGAAACAGACAAGCCAGCAAGCAAGAAAACAAGCAAACAAAACAAAGAGAAAGAUUCCGAUACCGAGCUACCAGGGGACGAUGAAAUCAAAGAGGUGAAAAAAGUCCGUAAGCCCAAGAAGGCGGCUAAAGAUGACUUGAGUAUGAGUGUGGUUAACAUCGGCGCUAAUUAUCUCCUAGUACAUUUGAUUGGAUACGCUGUGAUGAAUUGUCCUUUGAUUUUGACUCAGAUAGGAGCCCACUACUACGACAAGCCAUCAGAAGUAUCAGUAUUCUACGGUUUAAUCGCCGUUUCAGUACUUUUAACCAUUAUAACUCCCUUCAUGCCGCGUCUAUUACGCAAGGGUCGCAUAACAUAUGAGGAGCUCUCUUUAGUCAACAUACUACUGCUUAUAGAGCUGUCCACUGUAUGUUUGAGUGUGGGCAUGCAUAACUUUUCGCUAGGGUUUGUCAUAGCUGUGGUUUAUACGCCUUUGGCUUUGAUGUGUAGCGUGGUGGUUAAUGGCGCUGGGAAGGCAAGCACAUUCUACCUCAUGAUAAAGCGGAUAAUAUGCCUCUUAGUUCAUCCGCUAGCAGCAGUAUCAAUAUGCAUGAUCGGGUACAGCAAGGUUCUGUUCCCGGAAGAGGCAUUCUUCGAUAUGUUAGCCCGCGGCUCUGAUGCAGCCAUGCAGGCGCUUAUGUUCUCUAUCGUUGAUUCUAUGCUAUACGGCAAUUGGUUGUUCAACCUGGCAUCUGCAGUAAUCCUGCCGAUCUGGAUUAUAUUCUGGCAGAUCCUCAGUAUCAAAGUCAAUGCACCUGCGUAGACCAAAGUUCAUUACAGUUCUCACCAAACUUGAUGGCGGUUUGCAACUAAUUUCCGAGUACAAAUACGCGCAUUUGAUCCAUAUACCUCGGGCCCCUAUCGGCACAUGAUGCUAAUAAAAACCGCGUUAAAAUCGGUUCCGCUAAAUGUAACAUCAAAAAUAAUAGCAUACAUACCAACAUACAAGUCAAACUAAGAACCACCUUUUUUUACAGUCGGUUAAAAAUGGUUUCUGCGCAGCGAUUUGCUCGAUGUUUCGAGCAGGGACUGAAUAAUAGAAAAAAUACUGGUUAAAACGGUAAGCGGUAUGACGUCAUACCUUUAAAUUUCGAUACCUUAAAGAAACGGUACCGGUUUAUUUUGGUAUCGUAAUAUUGCGGUAUCAUUAUUUUUUUUAGAUAUUUAAAUAAUAAAAUUGAGGUUUUCUUUGUAUCCUGCCGCCCGCGCUCGUUAAGAAAUGACGUUGACAGCUCGCUUUCAUAGAUUUUUUUUGGGUACCGAAAUUAUUUCGGUUAAGGUAGUAGUAAUGUAAGGGUAUAUUUUUUAUCGGUACCACGACCGUUAUUCUCUAUCUUUUUGGGUCUACCCCUAAAUCAAAACUGUAUCGUAAUUCUAUACCGGUACCAUACCCUUAUACCUUUACCGUUUUCAGUCCCUGGUUUCGAGACGCCAAAAAGUUUGGCGUCAACUAUAUUUAGUAGUAAUUCUUUUGUGUAUUAUUUUUCACGAACAUUUUAGUCUUAGAUUUUGUACAAUGAAGAAUGUUUUAAGUUAUUUUGUAUUAUUUCGAGAAGGUAAGCAUUUUUUAUGCAUUUGAUUAUUCAAUACAGAGAGUUGUAAUAACUUAUUUCAUAAAACAAUUAAUAUUUUACAUAUAAUAGCCAUUUUGCACAAUGAACAAGACUAUUGCAUUCCUUAAUUUAUUUAUUUCUUAAAUUGCAAUGAACAAAUGGAGAUUCUAGGAUAAUAAACAUUGUCAUCACGCUAGGUUUUAUAAUGAAUUUCUUAUCUAAAUAAACGCCAUAAGUAUUUGUAAAUAA